AUGGUUGCAAGCAGCUUGCUGCUCGGCGCGCUUCUGACUCUAUCUCAGAAUGUAUACGCUGCACAGCCUGGAUCUGCAAGCCCUUUACCAGCAAAGCUUAGAGAUAUAACAUGGGGAAAACUCAAUUUCCUGCAUACAACUGACACACAUGGCUGGCUGGCCGGUCAUCUACAAGAACCAUCAUAUAGCGCUGACUGGGGCGACUACAUCUCCUUUGCAUCACGCAUGAGGGAUAUAGCUGAAUCGAAAGGCUCAGAUCUACUGGUCAUCGAUACCGGAGACCGCGUUGAAGGAAACGGUCUUUACGAUGCAUCAAACCCCAAGGGCAAAUAUCUCUACGACAUUUUGAAACAACAGCACAUCGAUCUUCUUUCUUCUGGAAACCAUGAACUCUAUAAGAAGAACACCUCGGAAGCAGAGUUUCUCACUACAGUCCCCAGUUUUGGAGAUAGCUAUAUCGCUUCUAAUAUCGAUAUCAUUGAUCCUCGUUCGGGUGACUUGGUACCGCUAGGCCCCAGGUUUAGGAAACUAACGACCAAAGUGCAAGGAUAUCGUAUCAUGGCUUUUGGAUUCUUGUUUGAUUUUACUGGAAACUAUAACAAUACAAAAGUUCAACGUGUUCAAGAUACGGUCAAGGAGACGUGGUUUCAGGAAGCCAUCCGGGACGAGGACAUCGAUCUUUUCAUUGUAUUAGGACAUGUCCCCGUACGGUCUGAAGAAUACGAAGUAGUGCACAGAGAAAUCCGAAAUGUGCGAAGCAACAUUACUAUACAAUUCUUCGGCGGCCACUUUCACAUUCGUGACUAUGCCAGAUAUGACACGCAGUCAUCUGGUCUCGCAAGUGGCCGGUUUAUGGAGACCAUAGGUUUUCUCUCAAUCGACGACGUAAAAAGCUCGACACCAAACUUUAGCCGAAGAUAUAUCGACAAUAACUUGUUUUCUUACUACCACCAUACAGGUCUCAAUGAAACAAGCUUUCCGACGAAUCAUGGCCGGAAUGUUUCACAAAUGAUACAGCAGGCUAGACAUGCUCUUGAUCUGGACUUUGUACAUGGCUGCGCGCCUAAAGACAUCUGGGUAGACCGCACUCCAUACCCGGGCGAUGACAGUAUUUACACAUGGCUGGAAACCGAGGUUCUUCCCCAAUCAAUUCGAAACCCUUCCCGUGACGGGAAGUCAGCUUUCGCAAUUGUCAAUACUGGAGCUAUUAGAUUCGACAUUUUCAAGGGCCCAUUUACCCAGGAUUCGACAUUCAUCGUGUCACCAUUUACGAGCGGCUUCAACUAUAUCAAAGAUGUUCCAUUAUCCACAGCAAAGCGGAUAGUAGCUCUUUUGAACGGAGCAUCGAAAAUCUUGACCGCGUCAAGUGAGGAACCUCACGGUCGUUAUUGUCCUAUGGCUCCGCCACAGCAGUGCGCAUACCAAGCUUCUACUAGGAAAGCUAAAUUGACACAACAUUCUUUCAUGAUGCCACAUGAACAAGCCGUCAUCUCGGAAGUAGACCCUCAAGUGUUUCCGGGCUAUACCACAAUCGAUGACGCAGGUCACGAUGGCGACGACACUGUGCACUCUCCUAUUGAUUUCUACCACGUGCCAAACGUUAUUCAGACGUUGAUUCAACCUCCUGGGACUGAUCUUUCCGAGGAAGCGACUUUGGUAGAUUUGGUCUAUGUCGAUUUUAUCGAGCCGUAUAUCGCUCUAGCAGCGAAAUUCUCCGGUCUGCCGGUAAACCUUCCUGCAGACUCGGCUGUAUAUAUGGAGGGGACAAUGACCGACCUGAUUCAGGCCUGGAUCAAGGAGAACUGGAAGUGUGACACUUCGUAG